CAUAAAACGGUAGGAGGAUGUUUCCAACAUUUCAGGUGAGAAUCUCUGGAAUGGAUCCUUCAGCCGAGUAUGUUCUGCUCAUGGACUUCAUCCCUGUUGAUGACAAGAGAUACAGAUAUGCAUUCCACAACUCCUCAUGGUUGGUAGCAGGGCGAGCGGAUGUUGCAGCCCCGAGCAGGAUGCAUUUCCACCCAGACUCACCGGCCCCUGGAGCCCAGUGGAUGAAGCAGACAGUGUCGUUUGACACUCUCAAGCUCACCAACAACCUGCUGGAUGACAAUGGACAUAUGAUUCUGAACUCCAUGCAUCGUUACCAGCCACGCUUCCAUGUAGUGUAUGUGGACCCAGCACCCAACAGCCAUUUAAACGCUUACAAGAACUUUUGCUCUUUCUCCUUCCCUGAGACACGGUUCAUGGCCGUCACCGCCUAUCAGAACCACAGGAUAACUCAGUUAAAAAUUGCAAGCAACCCAUUUGCUAAAGGCUUCAGGACCACAGAUCCACAGGCAUGGUGAGUGCCAAUCUGCCCUAAUUCAGCUUUUGUCCUUGACUAGCAGCAGAAUCCUGACA